CCUCAGGCGGUAAAGGUAAUAUCUAUAAGGGGUAGAUCAGCGUCUCUGUCCAGACCUCACACGUGCGGCUGACUGAGUCUCUUGCAAUCGGUCAUCCUUUUGUUAAACUGACUUAUCUGAACUUCCCUGACUUUCAAGUACGAUAUUUACCACACAGACCAUCAUCAUGGACGUUCAGCAGUUGUUCAACGUCAAGGGCAAAGUCGUGCUGGUCACUGGUGGCGCCAAAGGAAUCGGUCGGAUGAUCUCAGAAGGCUUCGUAAAGAAUGGCGCCACUGUCUAUAUCUCGUCGCGAGACGCCAAGUCUUGCGAUAAAGCUGUAAACGAGCUCAAUGCACUUGGCACGGGCAAGGCCUAUGCUAUCCCUGCCGAUUUCUAUAAAGAAGAGGAAGUCAAGAGAUUGGCUGAAGAGAUUGCUAAGCGUGAGAGUAAGCUGCAUGUUCUUGUCAACAACUCGGGUUCGAACUGGGGUGCCCCGUACGACGAAUACCCUUCGUCUGCAUGGACACGAGUUCUCACUCUCAAUCUUCAUCGUGUGUUCGACCUUACCAAGCUUCUCACCCCUCUACUGGAGAAAGCCGGCUCAUCUGGCGACCCGGCUCGCAUUAUCAACAUCGGUAGCGUUGAUGGCAUAAGGGUUCCGGCUCUGGAAACCUUUGCCUACAGUGCCAGUAAAGCUGGCUUGCACCAUUUGAGUCGUGUCUUGGCACACCACCUUGGAAGACGGAACAUCACAUCAAAUUCCUUGGCCUGUGGCCCAUUCGAGAGCAAGAUGAUGGCUGCCACAUUGGAAGCGCAUCGGGAGACCAUCGAGGCAAGUAUUCCUUUGGGUCGUAUUGGUACCCCGGAGGAUGUUGCAGGUGCGUGCUUGUUCUUGAGCAGCCGCGCCGGCUCGUAUGUGAAUGGAGCGACUAUUACUCUGGACGGCGGUAGCGUAAUCGCAGCGAAGCUCUGAACUGUAAGCUGUAAGCCAGAUGGAACGGAUGUUCGGGGUAAUUCAUGU